UCAAAUUUGAGAGAAAAAUGAGCUGCCUUCCUUCUCUUCUUUGCCUUCUUCUUCUUCUUCUUCUUCUCGUUGGAGUAAAUGGGAAGAAGGAAGACAAGAGACAGGUUUAUGUGGUUUAUAUGGGAGCUGUUCCUUCACACACAGCUGAGAAUACUCUUAAGAACAACCAUAUCCAGCUCCUUUCUUCAGUUCUUCCAAGGGGACAACCAGUCGAAAAAUCUCUUAUUCGUCGUUACAAGAACAGUUUCUCGGGUUUUGCCGCGAGGUUAUCAGAGAAUGAGGCUAAUGCCCUUCGCAACAAAGCAGGGGUCAUCUCAAUUUUUACCGACCCAAUUUAUCAGCUACACACCACUAGGUCAUGGGAUUUUUUGCAAGAAACAUCGGUCGAGACAGUCUCAAAUCCAGCCACUGAUGUUGGCUCAUCUCCCACAUCCGACGGCUCGGAUACGAUCAUCGGGCUAUUGGACACGGGAAUAUGGCCAGAAUCUGAAAGCUUUAGAGAUGAUGGAAUGGGACCUAUCCCUAGCCGUUGGAAAGGAGCUUGUAUGGGCGGGAAUGAUUUCAAUUCUUCUAACUGUAACAGAAAGCUUAUCGGAGCAAGACAUUAUGAUCUUGAGGAGGAGGACGAGGAUUCACUCACCAUAUUUCCAAAGGAUGCAAGCUCCCCGAGAGAUGACCACGGCCACGGCACCCACACCUCCUCCACGGCGGCCGGAAGCCCGGUAAUGGAAGCUUCCUUCUACGGUUUAGCCGAAGGGACGGCAAAGGGUGGAUCGGUAUCAUCAAGGAUUGCCAUGUACAAGGUGUGCGGAUCGGAGGGCUGUCCGGGGUCGGCAAUGCUAUCAGCUUUCGACGAUGCGAUUGCCGACGGCGUGGAUCUGCUGUCGAUUUCGAUCGGAGCGUCGGAGUUUUUCCGUCCGGAUUUCACGGAGGAUCCGAUCGCCAUUGGAGCGUUUCAUGCGGUUGAGAGGGGGAUUACAGUGGUGUGUUCGGCUGGGAACGAUGGGCCUGGAGGUGGAUCUGUGGUGAAUGCUGCGCCGUGGAUUCUCACCGUUGGGGCUACAACUAUUGACCGCUUUUUUGAAUCUGAUGUUGUUUUAGGUGGGAGCCAUGCUGUGGCUGUGAAGGGUUCAGCAAUAAACUUUUCCAAUCUUAACAAGUCUGCAACUUAUCCCCUCAUCUACGCUGCGUCUGCAAGCUCUAAUUCAAGCUCUAAUGAUGCAGAAGCAAGCCACUGCAAUCUCGACUCACUCAAUGAACGAAAGAUCAAAAGAAAAAUUGUUCUGUGUGAGCAUUCGGACGACGAUAAUUCGAAAAUUAUGAAAGCCGAAGAUCUGAAAACCAAGGGAGCAGUCGGUGCAAUUUUCAUCGAUGACGUGGGAAGAUCAGUUGCUUCAAUGUACAUAGAUUUUCCUGCUACUGAGGUCACCACAGAAGGGUCUGAACAGAUUCUCAAGUAUAUCAAUUCAACCAAAAACCCAACAGCUACAAUUCUUCCUACUAUCACAGUUACGAAGUAUAAACCAGCACCAGAAGUGGCCUAUUUUUCAUCAAGAGGUCCAUCUAGUCAAACAAGCAAUAUAAUAAAGCCUGACAUUAGUGCUCCGGGAGUGAACAUACUGGCUUCAUGGACACGGAAUGAAGACUUCGAUGUGGCUCCACCUGGCCGAAAGCCCUCACACUUUAAUCUUGUUUGUGGGACCUCCAUGGCUUGCCCUCAUGUUGCGGGGAUUGCCGCAACGAUCAAAUCGUGGAAUCCGACUUGGAGCCCGGCGGCCAUAAGAUCAGCUAUCAUGACAACAGCGAUGCAGUCAAACAAUGAUAAAGCCCCGGUGACAACAGAUUCAGGCUCUGUUGCAACGCCAUAUGACUAUGGAGCAGGAGUAAUAAAUCCAACUAGAGUAUUGCAGCCUGGUCUAGUGUACGAAAUAGAGACGAAGGACUAUCUGCAAUUCCUCUGCAACUAUGGCUACACGACAAAAACAAUUAAGAACAUGACAGUCAUUCCGAAUGGAUUUGAGUGCUCAAAAAACUCGAGUAAGGAUUUGAUAUCGAACCUCAACUACCCUUCAAUCGCAAUUUCGGGUUUCACGGGAAAAGAAAGAAAGGUUAGUCGAGAGGUGAAGAAUGUUGGGGGAGUGGAAGAUACAACUUAUGUUGUUAGCAUUAAAUCGCCAUCACAGUUGAGUGUGGAGGUUUUACCUGAUAAGCUUCAGUUCAGUAAGAGUGUUACAAAGUUGAGCUACCAAGUAAGCUUCACCGCUUCAAGUUCUCGACUUAAAGGUGAUUACUUUGGAUCAAUUACCUGGUCAGAUGGAACUCAUAGGGUUAGAAGCCCUUUUGUGGUGAAAAGCAGUUGAUUAAAAGCCUAAAGUUUGGGCAAGUUUCUGUAUUUAAUGGCAAGAGGAUGAUAAUAAGAACAAUGAGAAGUAGAAGGUGAAGAUAAGAGAGAUCAUUGUAAGAGGUAAAUUGCUCUAUGAUCAGCAGCGCCUUAAAUUUUAAAUAAAUAUUUCAAGUAUAGCCUCCCUUCAACUAAUCUCAUGGAUGAUUUAGAAUGUGUUUGAUGAUACCUAGUGCUGAAAAACAUGAUUU